CCGAGUUAUCUUCCUUCGUUCACUUCUUCGUCAGAAGAUUGAUAACGAGAAACUCUGCAAUGGAGAAGCCCGACCAUGAACCCGCUUCAUCAAUCAAUCCAAAAAAUGGUUUCUGCUCUGAGACAAAAAUCUUCCACAGUCUCAGGCCUCAAGUCUCUCUUCCUCCUCCAAUCUUUCCCCUCUCCAUAACCGAUUAUGCUUUUUCUCUUCUCCGCACUCAUCCUCCACCCCCUGCUGCCUGCGCUCUCGUUGACGCCAUUACUGGUCGUUCCAUACGAUUCGAUGAGCUCGAGGUCCUCGUCAAAAUGCUUUCCUCUUCUCUUCGCACUCGAAUCGGCUUCUCCAAGGGCGAUUCCGCACUUAUUCUCUCCCCUAACUCGCUUCACAUUCCCAUCCUCUAUUUUGCUCUCUUCUCCCUCGGCAUCGUCGUCUCGCCGUUAAAUCCAGCCAGCACCAAGUCCGAAAUCUCACGUCAAAUCGAGCUGUCGAAACCGACCAUCGCAUUCGUCACGUCGGACACCGCUCACAAGCUGCCUCCCCUUCGUUAUGGAACGGUUCUCCUCGACUCCCCCGAUUUCGAGUCGUUGCUGGAGGGUCCAAUUGUCGAAAUGGAGGAUGUGGAGGUGAGGCAAUCUGAUACGGCGGCUAUUCUGUAUUCUUCGGGGACGACAGGAGCCGUCAAAGGAGUUGAGUUAACUCAGCGAAACUGGACUGCCGCAGUUGCGUUGGGACACGCGUUGAGUCCGGUGAGGAAAACCCCUUCAGUGAUUCUGUGCAUGGUGCCGUACUUUCACGUGUACGGAUUCGUCGUCUGCUUGAGGGCGUUGGCAAUGGGGCAUUGUGUGGUGACAAAAGCGAUUGGGAGAUUCAAUUUGGAAGAAAUGUUGGGAGUGAUUGAGAAAUUCAAGGUUACUCACGCCGCAUUGGCUCCGCCAAUUGUAUCGGCCAUGGCCCCAAGUGAAAAUGCCAGGAAGAGGUAUGAUUUGGGUUCACUAGAAGUGGUGCAGUGUGGGGGAGCUUCAUUGAGCAAGAGCGUGAUUGAAAAAUUCAAGCAACGGUUUCCUCAUGUGCAGUUGUUGCAGGCAUAUGGAUUGACAGAGACGACGGCGAGGAUAUUCGCGACAGUGGGUGGUAGAGAAUGCCAAGUGACAGGGGCAACAGGGAAGCUCAUGUCCAAUUGUCAGGCCAAGAUUGUUGACCCUGAUACUGGCAUUGCGCUGCCUCCUGGCAACCCUGGGGAGCUUUGGGUUAGAGGACCAAUUAUCAUGAAAGGAUAUGUGGGGGAUGAGAAGGCAACUGCUGGAAUAUUGGAUUCAGAGGGAUGGUUGAGAAGCGGAGACCUUGGCUACAUAGACGAUGAAGGAUUCCUAUUUUUUGUGGAGAGGAUAAAGGAACUGAUCAAAUACAAAGGCUACCAGGUGGCCCCAGCAGAGCUGGAAUUUCUGCUUCAUUCUCAUCCAGAUGUCAUUGAUGCAGCUGUGGUGCCGUACCCAGACGAGGAAGCAGGACAAAUACCUAUGGCUUUUAUUGUGAGAAGAUUGGGAAGCACCAUUGAUGAAUCGCAGAUUAUAAAUUUUAUUGCCAAAAGGGUGGCUCCGUACAAGAAGUUACGACGAGUAACUUUCGUCAACUCCCUGCCGAAGACGAUAACAGGCAAGUUGUUAAGGAAAGACUUAAUUAAAUUGGCCUCCAAGUUAUAAUAUUCGUUUAAAUUUAUGUAUUUAUCGUACAUGUAGGUAUUUUACUGCUAGAAAUAUGUAAGGGUUCGGAGAUUUGUAGGAUAAUUAAAGGACAACCUUAAAGAAUUUUAA